UAGUAAAUAUCCGUGUAAGAAACUGGAAGAUAGUAUUAGGCUGUCUCUAAGAUGCCACUGGAAAGUCAAACUUUGUCCUAAGUUCCUGUGCUCCCUGCGGGCAUCUGAGCAUGAAAUAUUGUCACCUGCUCCCAACGGCUGGCUGUAAUCCUUGUCGAAGUUCCUGUCUGCUGCAUGCCCAGACCACCUAAGCGCUCCAUCUGGACUGUGUCACCCCAGAAAGCCGAGCGACAUGUCUGGGGCACAGAUCUCGGCUCUGGUGUUUGGUGUCGGAGGGUUUGGAGCUCUUGUCGCAGCCACCACAUCCAAUGAGUGGAAAGUGACCACCCGGGCAUCAUCGGUGAUAACUGCCACUUGGGUGUACCAAGGUCUGUGGAUGAACUGCGCAGGUAACGCGUUGGGUUCUUUCCACUGCCGGCCGCAUUUCACUAUCUUCAAAGUAGAAGGUUAUAUCCAGGCAUGUAGAGGACUGAUGAUCGCGGCUGUCAGCCUGGGCUUUUUUGGUUCCAUUUUUGCACUCUUUGGAAUGAAGUGUACCAAAGUGGGAGGCUCAGAUAAAGCCAAAGCUAAAAUUGCCUGUUUGGCUGGGAUUGUAUUCAUCCUGUCAGGACUGUGCUCAAUGACUGGCUGUUCCCUGUAUGCAAACAAGAUCACCACAGAAUUCUUUGAUCCUCUCUAUGUUGAGCAAAAGUAUGAACUGGGAGCCGCUCUGUUCAUCGGAUGGGCAGGAGCCUCACUCUGCAUAAUUGGUGGUAUCAUAUUUUGCUUUUCAAUAUCUGACAACAGCAAAACACCCAGAAUGGCAUACACGUACAAUGGAGCCACGUCUGUCAUGUCGUCUCGGACAAAGUAUCAUGGUGGAGAAGGAGAUUUCAAAUCUACAAACCCUUCAAAACAGUUUGAUAAAAACGCCUAUGUCUGAAAGAGCCCUUCCGGUUGACCUGUGAUCCCAAGGUGGUCCCGUCAAGACCCUCCUAGAAUCAACACUCAAACUGUUUUUUAAUAUGAAUUGGAAGACUUUGUUGAUUGUAUGGAUGUAAAUGUUCUAUACAGUUAUAUACUAAUCAUUUUCUGUUGUGGCUUUCUAUGCAAAAUAAACAGGUUCUUUACAAGACUUGUAAUAUUUUUAUAAUAUAGAAUACAUAGUAUUUGGUACCACAAAGGUUAAGAAGUCUUUUAUAGUACAUCUUUUUUAUCAUCCACAUAUUUGUCCCUACCAUUCCUUAUGUUUCUUGUGAUUCAUAAGCUGAACAGAAGGCAUAUGAGGAAUGGUGUCUGCUAAGCACUAUGGGGACAGUCUGAGACCACUGCCCGAAAGGCAGGAGGGUUAAAUAGAGCUGUUACUGGCUGUGUUAAGUCAAGUUCUCGUUUCUUAGGCCUGUCUGCCAUGACUGUCUUUCAUUGAGAUUGCUCAAGGACUGACUAAUGGAACCAAGAUGUUGCUAACUUUUAUGUGGCAGAUCCAUCUUCUGUAGCUGCUUAGGCUUCUGUGACACGGAAAGCCAAGUCCUGGGACCUGGCAUCAGCAAGGACCCAGCUAGGGAAACUGGCCAGGGUGGAAUCUCGAGCCAGUAAGGAAGUCCCAGAGCCUGCUUGGUGCCCGCCUUACUCAGAUCUGAUGGGUUAAGUUGCUGUGCGCCUCACAGCUCCUGUCUGUGGAAUUGAAAGACUUGCCAUUUUUCAAGGCAUGUAAGUUGCUCCAGGGACUUCUGAACAAAGACCUAGAUUUAUUUCAGUUCCGAGCCCUAACCCCUCACCCCUCACAGCCAUUCUGUCUGGUACACGCUGUUACUCUGCAUUCAUCAAGGAAGAAAUCAGAGUGUAAGUAACUCUCCACAGUAGUAGUAGUAACAAAACUGAACUUCAAACUGAAGCUGUCUAGGGUGAAAUACAUAGUUCCAAGGUGUGGACAAGAAUUGAUAGCUGUGUUAUCUGUGAAUAAGAAACUGUCCAAUAUGAAUGACAACAUAGGUGAAUGCAUGAUUUUCCUGAACCAUGAAAGACUUAAAGGGAAAAUGAAGAUGUUUAAUAUAAAGAAAAGGAAUAAAGAAGUUGGUUAGAAAUUUCCUUUUUAAAUCAUACCAUGAUAAUACUUGAAAUACCUUUUCUAGAUACUAAUUCACUGAAAGACAUAACUUGGAGACAGGAUUGUGUGGCUGUGUGUUGGAAACAUUUUUUUAAACCAAAGUCUGAGCGAGCGCAAUGUUUCCUUUGAUAGAAGGUGUUAGGGAGGGAGGGGAUGAAGCUAUGGAAGAGCUCUGUUAGUAAUCAGAUACUGGUUGGCUGGACAUCCAAGAGGGGCAACAGAGGGUAGCAGUCCAGAGAAAACUGAACAAACCCAAUCUAAUAAGAAAAAAUGCCAGUACUAUGUGGAGAAGUAAAAGGACUGGCCUUUCUGACGUGGAGUAUGGACCUUGUUUCAGUACUGGGCUUACUGAGCAGAAGUGUGUUAACAUUUCCACUCAGGAGUGCAGACCUGGUAGACAACCUUGCAAUAAAGACUUGAUUUAAAGUCUGCGAUUGCUACUUCUUGCUGUAUGGCCUUUGGAGAAUUACUUAAUAACUCAAUUUCUCACAUAUUUAGGCUGUGGAUUAGAACAAUAAUUAUGUCUCAGAGGUGUUCUAAUUAAUGAACUAACACAUGUUAAAAACCACCAACUGGCUAAAUAUCUGUUAAAUAAAUGAAUGAACAAAGUUACCCAUGGGCUAUCUCUGGGCUGGUGCCUUUUUAUAAGCUGCUUCUCUUUGCAAUUUACUACUUAUAUUGUAAAAGUUUUCUAUUUACUACUCAUGAAAAUUUGAUGUUUAUUAAAUCUUUAAGAAACAUACAAAUAAAGUGAGUACACAAGGUACUUCAAAACAUUCAUAGGAAAAUGCAAUUAAAAGGUGAGUUUACUUGGAUCUAAAAUGUU